CAGCAUAGUCCCGCUCAUUAUGAGUGUUUUGCUACGUCUUUAGUUGUACUUGGUUUUUGUAAACCAUCUACGAACCACUAUCCAGAGAUUUAGAUUAUCGUUCAACCACUUCAUUUCUUGACCACUGAAAUAUUCAACAGUUUUAUUACUUUGAUCAUAUGUGACAAAUAUAUACCUCUAGAAAUGAAAGGAGCAACUUGACAACAAGAGAUUUGGUUAUUCUCUAACCUUUGAUCUCAGUUAUCUACCUAUUUAUGAUUUGCAACUUGAUACUUAACAAAACGUGUUAAAUGCCGAAACAGUGUUCACUUCAAUGGAUCACAAUAAACAAUUCUGAUGGUCCAGUGUUACAAAAUCAUGCCGGUGGUAUCAUUCAAGGUGUUUUGUAUCUUCAUGGUGGAGUAACUUCUAAUGAUAUCACCUUGUGUAAAGUACCAAGCAAUUGUUUCUACAAAAUACAAUUAUAUCCCGAAUUAGGUCAUUGGUUAGAAAUUACGUCAUCAGAUUCACCUGCUCUCAGUCAACACGUAUGUUUGGUUUUCAAGAACAGAUAUCUGAUUUUUAUUGGUGGAUGGAAUGGUCAUACACGAAUCUCUGGUGUACAUACAUUUGAUACACAAUCAAAUAUUUGGUUACCACCUGCUUUAAAUGAACCCUUACUGAGUGGAUUUCCUCAAGGUGCUGGUUUAUCAGCACAUUCUGCACAUACCAUACAUUCAAAUAAUGAUGAGAAUAGAUUUUCAGCUAUUAUUCUUGGACGACAGGGUUCAUUAAGAAUGCAACGAAAAGCAGGAAGUAUUUACUUACUCCAUGGUUAUUUAUUCGAUGAAGACCUGUCUACAAAAAGAAUGAAAUAUGUAUACUGUGAGGCGGAUUCCAGUUUAACAACAUCUUCACGAAGUUAUCAUACAUCGACAGCUAUAUCCUCAUCUACUUUACUCACAAUUGGUGGUUGUAAAAGUAAUUCAGUAGAGGUAUUAAAAUGGAAAACUGACAAUAAAAAGAAGGGACAAUUAAAUUGGCCUGGUUCACUCGAUUUCUCAUCAAUGUUAUGUACAGUUGUUACAAAUUAUAUUAAAGAUAUUGAAAAGCAAAGAAUUGAUCUGGUACAACUUGCACCAUCCAAUCAAAACGGUUGGCGUGGUCAUUGUGUAGUACCAGGUGUUGGUGGCCUGUUUAUUGGUACCGGAGAAGGUUUCAACGCGUUGAAAAAUGGUCCACUCAAUUCAGCCUAUCUUUUAAAAUAUGCUGAAACUGGUUGUAGACCAAUAAUUUACGAAAUAGGUACAAUCAAUGAACCAAGAGCUUAUGCUGUCUGCGCUGUAUGCAAUAAUGAUGGUACAGCUUGGUUACAUGGAGGUCUUGGACGUCAGGGCAAAACAAUGAAUACACUAAUGAAGCUAACAAGAGUCGAUGUAUAAAAUUUCGUCUACAUAGUACACUUUAAAUCCGUCUUUAUUUUACAAAAUAUAUAUGAUAUCAUGUUAUUUUUUGUUUCAGUUGAUCAUCAUUUAUCUGUGAAGAGAAAACGCUUCCCUUUAAAAUCUGCUUGUAUAUUAAACAAUUAUUCUUUUAAGUUGGUAUUCAACAUGGACUGACAUCAGUUGAAGGAAUAUUGGAAACUUGGGAGCACUGUACAGCUGUUCCAUCCUAGUAUGGAGCUCUUCGGCAGUGUACACCCAUGACCCCGCUCGGGGUCGAACCUACGACCUUCAGGUUCUGUGGCCAGAACAGUACCAUUGAGAUUGCCAGUGAGUUAGAAUUCGAUGGUAAAGCGCUGGCCACGGAACCUGAAAGUAGUGGGUUCGACCCCUAGCGGGGUCACGAGUAUGCACUGCUGAGCAGUGUCAUACUGGUCGGACGAAACAGCUGUCCAGUGCUUCCAGGUUUCCAAUGUCCCCCCAACUGAUGUCAGUACAUGCUGAAUACCAGUUCGAAAAAUCUCUGAAUCCCCAAGAAACCCCAAUUCAAUCGUUCUUUUUCUCGCCUGCGGUCUGCACCUUUUGCAACUCUUAUUUUUCUUGUUUAUUUAAGCUGGCUUUCAUGUUAAACUGUAAAGAAAUUGUAUUGCCUUCUGUGGAGUUACCUGUCUCUCACUAUUAAAAACUUCCUUUCUCAUUGAAUAAGUUUAUCACAUAAAUG